CGCACAUUUUUCUCAUACAAAACUUGGAAUUUUUCUUGCGAACUAAAUUGAUUGAUUAUAUUGUUAAAUAAGUGAAAAUUAUAAGAAUUUAAAAACUGUCAUCCUGGUCGUUUUUAGUGGAAAUAAAUAUACCAACAAAUUACAUCAUCGAAAUUCGCCGCCAUUUGAAGUGCCAUACAGCGGCGUCUUCUCGUGUCUACACCGUCCAGUUGUCAACCACAAACCGCCAGCCACCAACCGUCAGUGUACAACUCUGUACCGCCUUGCAUACCGCAGUCCGCUUAGCGCGUGGGUUAGCGAUUUCUUACAACAUAAUGGAAUACAAGCUGAUAACUGAGGACCGUUAUGACGAUGUGGUUCGACAUUUAUGCGAUAAUUUCUUUGCUGAUGAGCCGUUAAAUAAGGCGGCAGGCUUGUGUCGUCGUGGCGAGGGUCAUCGAGAGUUGGAGCGUCUUUGCUAUGAGACACUCAAGGAUAAUUUGAGCUUAAUGGCUGUGAAUGAGAAUAAUGAUAUCGCCGGUGUUCUACUUAACGGUGUUGUCCACCCGCAUGAUAUUGUACAAGCACACGAACGCAUCGAACUCAGCGAUGAUGAGCGAUACAAGAAAAUUUUUCGACUAUUAAAUGAACAUAAUUUGCGUGCAAAUAUUUUUGGACACUUGAACGUGGAGCGUGCCUUCGAGGUACGUAUACUGUCAGUGGAUGGACGUUUUCGUGGACAGGGUAUCGCCAAAGAGCUGGUGCGGCGUUGCGAAACGAUUGCCAAAGAUUUUGGCUUUAAGCUUAUGAAAGCCGAUGCAACAGGAAUUUUCUCGCAAAAGAUUCUGAAAUCAAAUGGCUUCAAGGUGUUUAGUGAGUUUUACUAUGACAAAUAUACAGAUGAAUUUGGUAAACCAAUAUUACUAGUGGAAGCGCCACAUAUUAAGCUACAGUUGAUGUACAAAUUGUUGGAAUAAAGUAAAAAGUAGUGAAAUAAUUUUACUUUUGUUGAACAGGUGAUUGGCGUAAAGGGAGUCUGCAUUGAAAAUAAAAAUUCUAUAAUUAAAAUCAAAAAAACAAAUAACUGAUAGAAUUGGGAAUUUAAUGAAGUUCAAAAUGUUUGAUUGUGAGCAAAAUGCCAUCUAAGUAAAAAUAAAUAAAAAAGAUAUUUAUUUAUGCAUAUAUUGAAAUUAUUUAAAUAUAAAAAAUAAAUACCUACUCCUAUGCAUAAAUAGUUAUUACUUAGAUGAAACGUGCUCAGUUACUCAGUAAGAAUUUAGUGCUAUACAUACAUACAUACAUAUAAUCUAUUUAACCACAUUAAAAACUCAAUAUUAUAACAGGCUUUUUAAAAUUGUUUGUAACAAGUCCAUUUUUAUUGGCCAAAUAACGCAUUUUUACAUUACUACUUACAUACGUACAUAUG